AUGACCAAGCUAGCACGAGACAUAGGGCUAAAUCAAGCAUCACUAAGACGAAUCGACACAUCUCAUCCAGCUGGUUUCGACUGGGAAGAGUACAUUCUUCGGGAGUCACUCAUUCGAAUCUGUUCAUAUAUUUGCAAUAUCGACGCGAGUUACGCCCUCUUCUUCCGCCAUGUACCCCGCAUGGCUUUAUCCGAACUGGCUAUCGAGAUGUCGUCCCCAGAAUCUUGUUUUCAAGCUUCUUCAAAAGAAGAGUGCUUCAUCCAACUCCAGGCCUGGCGUGAAAGGUUGGGUGUUGAUGCGAAAAACUUCACCCUCUUGAGCGCCGUCAAUGCGCUAUGUGAUAACACGAUCAUGGCAACGCCAAGUAUCCGUUGCAGGUUUGCUCACCUUAGCGUUCUCAACAUGUUCACCAUCAUUCACGUACUGUAUCUGCAGGUAUACAGCCUUGAGAUCUCUGCCAUUACUGCGCUGGAAAUUUCAAGAGUUACUCCAAUCAGAAACGCAUUGCGAAAUUGGCAGCAGUCAUGGCCAUCGCAAACGAGAGAUGCGGAGUUGGUGGAUCUCUUGGGGAAAGAAAGUGAUUUGUCAACGAUGUGGCAGCGCGUUGGGUUCAUGAGGUACGCGCCUGAAUAUUGGCUUAUAGCAUAUUCGACAUUGAAGAAAAUAUGUACAAAGAACCAUGUGGGAUCUACUCGGGACUCGGAAACCGGUGUCAGUGUUGGGUAUGGCGAUAUGAUCGAGGCACGAAGGCUUAUCAAAGAGUUGAGGAGUGGAACCGUUGUCUCGAUCAUGGGGAGCGACCCAAUAUAA